AGCUCUUCUUCUCAGUAGUAAACGACGGUUCGUCUCAGCCAGUAACGAUUGGAAUCGGUCGGAUCGUGGGGCCCGCAAAUGCCAGUAAUUCGUGCUUUUUUCAUACGCAGUGGACUAUUACCAUAAAAAUUGAUCACGGACGCUGCAGUAUUCAGGGAUUCAGGGGGGUGAAAGUGUUUUUCGUUUCAUAUGAAAAAUAGGUGCACAAUUUCCAUGCGAAAAGUUCACUCCUAGAACUAUUUGUGCUUAAUUCGACUGAUUGUGUAUGUACCCAUUCUCUUCCAUCAUGAAUAUUGUCCUCGACAAUAGAGUGAAAGUGUACGACAAGUUGAGUUAUUAUUAUUCAUAAAAAGCCAGCGUGAAUUUUAAUGAAAGCGUUCAAUAGAGAAUAAAGGAAUGCCUCUGAAUGUGGAUUAUGCUCGGAAUAACUUGAAUGGGAGAGAGAGAAACACAACCCGUGAUCCAUUAACGUGUUUGUAAAAACGAGAUGUAAUCAAAACGAAAACAAUCGUCAAUAAUCCAACCCAAUAAACGAUUGAUAAUAAAAACAGCCCGACCACUAUAAAAUGCUGCUAUGAAGAAUCCAGCGUUUCGCAUUAUAUUAACACUCGUAUCGUUGCACCAUGUCACCGGAUCCAUACAAGCAGUCGGCAAAAUCGGGCUUAAUGAUAACGCAUUCAAAACAUUACCGAGGAACUUUUGGCAAGAAAUACCCUCCCCCUACACGGACCUACCAGAUGACGAUUUUGACGACGAGUCGGAGGAAACCACCACCCACGAUCCGUAUCCGUUUUUCGACGAUACGAACAUGACGGCAAACGUUACCACACAGCUUGGCACCGACGUGUAUUUGCAUUGUCGCGUAAACGAUUUAAGAGAACGAACGGUUUCCUGGGUGCGCCGGAAAGGUGACGAAACUCACCUAAUUACAGUUGGCCGCCACACCUACAGCAGUGAUUCCCGCUACACCUUGCAGUAUCAAUUGCCUAAUGAUUGGCAACUUCUGAUACAGUAUGCAAAUGAGCGAGAUGAGGGACACUACGAGUGCCGUAUUUCUUCCCAUCCCCCCUUGGUAUACCUCGUUUAUCUAAUCGUUGUUGUGCCAAAAGUGGAGAUCGUCGACGAACGAGGAGCAGCAACUGUGGAUAAGUUUUACAAAGCCGGCAGUACCAUCGAGCUCAAGUGUAUCAUCAGCAAAGUUCCACAACCAACCAGUUACGUGACGUGGAAGCACGGUAUGAGGAUGCUGAAUUAUGACACCAGUCGGGGCGGUAUAAGCGUAAAAACAGAUCUGCUAACAGGUGGCGCCAUGAGUCGCUUAUACAUAGCGAAUGCCAAUCGGUACGAUUCCGGAAACUACACCUGUGCUCUGGCAGACAUCGCCCAAGCGACCGUUGCUGUUCAUGUGCUCAAUGGUGAAAAUCCAGCAGCAAUGCAGCAUGGUGGAUGCGGUAAGUGGCGUCCAUUAACCAGCCCAAUGCUGCUGCUUCUGACGAUGAUGCUUGCGUGUAUAACUCGGUGACUGUGAAUAUCCUCACACUUCCGCUUAACAUUUGACAACGGCCAUUUGUUUGAUCGCUUCUCGCUGCGUGACGUAGCGUUUGUUCAACUACCAAAGACUAUUGUGCAACAACAUAUAAAAUUCAACAACAACAUUUACGAACAUUUAUCUAUCUGGAUAAUGAGUAUUUUAAUAACAACAGCCGACAUCACGCGAUGCGCGAAACGUGAUGCAAAUUGGGCAAAUGUCAUGUAGCAAUGUUAGAUUCAUUUGGUGUAUUUUUCCUACCAGCGUAUCAUAUCCACAGUUUACUAAUACUAAUCUUUUAUCGAUGUAUCUAUUCGUACAAAAUGUGGAACUUUAUUUAACACUUCCCUUCCCCCUCAACGCAAGCAAUAUUCCACACAGUUCUUUUCCACCACACCAAUCACUAUACACUUCACACAAGAUCCGCCAAAAAGAUGCUAGGUACUUACUCAAAGUGUUGUAAAACAAACUUCUCUUGGGAAAAAAACGUCCGCUCAUUCGAUGGAGAGUCAUUUGACCAUCCAACAACUAACAAAAUACUUUCAAUAUGACAUAGGAACAAAAAUUCGUCUAAUGUGGAUCCAAUCUAGAUAGUGUCUAUAUUAUACGGAGAAUUAUAGCAAAAGAAUCCUUGUAAGUUGUUCGUUAAGUGAACAAUAGCUCCAAUGAUACUUCGCUGGACAACUCAUUGAAGUAUUCAAUUUCUGUCAAAGUAUAUCGUAUAAACUCAAAAAAAAAAUGAACAAACAAAUGUCCCAUAUCAAACUUUUCCGACCUUCUCGAUCCUAAGCAAAAACGGACUGUCCACGAAUUAGGAUGGAAUUUAUUUACCGGUGUUUCUCGGAGAAGGUAGACGAACAAAAAAAACGAAAGACAGUUUGUAGUUUCCAUAAAAGGUAGAAUCAAAUUCUACAGUGAUUCUUUAGUAACAAUUUGGAGGAAACCUUUAUAUACCAAACUGAACGAAGUAUUGAUGAAACAAACCAAAACAAGAAAAAACCAUACGAAGGCGCUUAAUGAAAUGUAAACAUUGAGUGAAAUUAUUAGUGAUUAAAAACCAUAAACAUAGUUAAUACGUUGAUUCUGAACCAGCAUAUAUAUAUAUAUGAAUAUAUGAAUAUAAUUCUAUAAUACGUGUACUGCGCAUCAAAUUCAAAUAUAUUGGGAUGACCGUUCGAUGAUGACCUGAACAGUCAAUAAAGUUGUGCCCAGGAAAUGACGAGUGAGUAAGCUUUUAUAUCAACGAUUCGUUAUUAGUGGAAAAAAAAGAAAAAUAUAUAGAACAAAAAUACACAUCCGUGGUUAAUUUAAUGAUUAGCAAUAUAAAGAACCAAAAACAGUUGUUGAGAUAUGUAGUGAAUAUUUCCCAAUAUGUUGUGAACAUAAACCGAGAAUUUCAUGCGCAUGCAGAUGGUGUUGUGAGCAUUAUUUCUGAAUAUUUAUUUUACGAUCUCUGAUAGAUAAAGAAAUAUGCAUUUUUAUAACCACGUAUAUAAAUAUACAGUUCAAAAAAUAAAUACAACAGAAAAGAAAGAAACCCGUACUUAGGAAAAAGAUAGGUGAAUUUUAUAUUCAUUUUAUAUAAUUGAAUAAUAACAAACAAACUUAUCAAACUGAUAUGUAAAAUGAUGGUUGUGGUCAAAGCUAUAUGAUUAACAUAAAUAAUUCACAUGAUACUAGAUAUAUCUAAGGAAAUGU